UUUUAUGGAAAUUACAAAAUGAAGACAGGUUGUCAUUGUCCACCUGCAUGUUCUAGCACACGAUACGAAGUAACACUUUCUUCAUCCAUAUUUCCGUCGGACUUUUACAAUGAUUUUCUUCUAAAGGCAAUUAAUGAAUUUAAACAGGAUUUUUACAGAAAAAACCUAAUAGUCAUUCACAUCUACUUUGAUGAACUAAAAACAACAAUUGUAAAACAGUUACCUGUUUAUGGAUCAUCGGUGGAGAUAUUUGGAAAUCUCGGGGGACAGAUGGGAUUAUUCCUAGGAGCCAGUAUACUCACCAUUACAGAGCUUGGAGAAUUUUUGGGGUUUGUUUUGUGGUUUAUCUGGAAGAAAUGCAAAAACCGGAAUCGUACAAACUUUGCAAAAGAAAAGAAUGUCAUUGCCACACUCCAAGAAAUGUAAACACGUGUAGUCAUGAAUUAUAAAGAAAUUUAACUUAUCCGUCUAUCUCUGUUACUCCUAAUCAUGUUAAUUGUAAACACAUAUGAUAUAAUUAUAUCAAUACAUUCAUCAUUGGUACAAUGAUUACCAGUAUGUAAACCAGACGCGCGUUUAUUCUACAAAGAAUCAUAUCAGUGAAGCUCGAAUCAAAACAGUGUAAAGGGCCUAGUGAAAUACGAAGUUUACUAGUACUGAGGAUCCAAAAUUCCGGAAGGUUUUGCUGAAUACAGCUAAGAUAG